GUUGCCUCCAAUUUACGGCAAAACGCAUCGUUUUCCUCGUUUAAACUGAUUUCCACUUUCCAAAAAAAUAAUUCCCAAAUUUUCUUUUAAAAAAUACAGUUUUCUGCUUAGAAAAAAAAAACACUUUUCUUAAUUUCUCGAUUCCACCUCUUAUUUUUCAAUGGAUGAAUCAUCGUUUUUAAAUCUUCCAACCAGUCAUUUACUCGGCUCAGUUCCCUCUGUUAUAAAUGAAGAAAAGAAAUCCUCAUAUGCAGCUCCUGAAGCAAGCAUGCAAAUUUUUCCUCCAAAUAAUGGUAGUGGCCGAGGUUAUCAAACUCUUGAAGCUCCAGCUGAAAGCUUUGAACAACAACCACCAAACAACUGGAAGGGAGUGUUUAAUAUCUCAUCCUACACACAGUAUUUUAAUGUGGAUACAGAUGUUGUAAUAAACAGACUGAUAAGUUCCUUUCAUCCUACAGCUGGAGAUUUUUUCAACAAGAUCGAGGCUAACCCUGAUUUGUAUGGGCUUAUCUGGAUCACAACUACAUUGGUUUUUAUGCUUUCUUGCUUUGGAAACUUUGCCACGUACCUUAUGCAAAAGCACACUGAUGGGACUACUACUUGGAGCUUUGAUGUUGGCUAUGUAAAUGUAGCAGCUUCUGGAAUCUAUGGUUAUGCAAUUGCGGUGCCAAUGGCAUUUUACUUCUUGCUUCAGUAUCUGGGUUCAAAUGCUAGCCUUAUACGAUUUUGGUGCAUGUGGGGUUAUUCUCUCUCCAUUUUCAUGCCCACUGCGUUCCUAUUGCUUAUUCCAGUUGAGUUUCUCCGAUGGAUAAUUAUACUAAUUACUGGUACAGCUUCAUCAUGCUUUGUUGCUUUGAAUUUAAGAUCUUAUAUCGAAGGAGGGAAUGAUCUUACGAUAAUAGUGAUUGCUGCAUUCUUGUUGCAAAUGGCCCUUUCAAUCUUCAUCAAGGUCUGGUUCUUUCCCUAAACCUCACUAAGUCAUCAUGUAUGGUCCAAACUUUGUUGUUGAUUCUCCAUUUCCGUGAAUUACGCAAAAAUGAGGUUAGUUUGAGCAAAAUUCCUAUCGGAGAAAAGCUUGUGUGUGUGGAAUUCCUUGGUCAGCUAGUUUUAGUGAUAUUGGAACAUGUAGCAGAAGUGAGUCCCAGGAGUCAAUGUUUUCCAGUGAGGUGUUGCGGUGCCACUAAUAUGAUUUUGGAGUUGGUUGAUCUAAUUGACAAAGGUGGUGUUGGCCUACUAUUAAGAGACCAACAUCAUUAGAACAACUAGAAGUAAAUGUCAAUAUGAUUUUUUUAAGUUUGGAAGUACUCUCUCUUGCACUUGCUUAUGUAAAUAUAGGUUGUCACUGUCUUCAUUUGUCAACUGUAAUUGUUACCUAGCAUCAUAAAGCAGUUUUUUGUGUCAAA